AUUUUAUUAGGCCCAGAUGGAAGAAAGAGAGCCCAAGGUUCUAGAUAAGGGAGAGGAAGAGAGGAGAGAAGGAGGUUUUGAUAAGGAAGGAGGGAGGAAAGAUGCUAUUUGUGAAGAGGAGAAGCAAAGAACUGGGUGUCACUCUGCCCAAGGUUGUAUGAGGGGUUGACCCAGAGGUGAAGAAGAUGAAGAAGAUUAUGACUGCUCAAUUUGUAUUACAAGUUUUGAUGAGAUUAAUACAAAAGCGAUCCCUCUUUUGAAAAAAAAGCUGAAGAGUUUUCAGAUAGAACAAAUCAGCAUUGUUGACUCUGAACCCUCUGGAUCGUCUAGUUCUGAAGAUAUAGCCAUAUUGUACUUUUAUCACUUAGACUCCAAAAUGAACUGGCCUUCAAAUAUACCCAAAGAUAUCGUCCGAGUUGUUAGACAAAGAGAUAUAGAAGACAACUUGGAAGAGAUUUUAACAAACUUUGAAACCAACGGAGUAUCAAUCCUCUUCAAUUGAAGCCACAUAUUUCACAAAUGCUGCAUCAGAGACUGGAUUAAAGAACAUAACACUUGUCCAGUCUGAAGAAAAAAAAUUUAUCAGAAGGAAAAUGAGGAUCAAUAUUUUGAAGAACCUGAUUAUGACAAUAAUCAAAUUGAUUUAGUCAGAGACAUUGAUGAUGGUUCAAGAGAUUACGGUUUUUCAUACUCUCAUAGCUCUCAUUCAGAUGAUUUUAGUAAUUUAUCAGAUAAUGAAGAUGAACCAAUUGGCGAUGUUCUGAAUAUAGCACUUCAUCAACUCAAUAAUAGUGACCAUCUCAUCACAACCGAGAAUGAGUAUGAUAAUUCGCAUAAUGAAGGCAUACUUGCAAAUUAUCCGUACUGUGACUCACCUCUUCCUAGCCAAAGAAAUUCCUCUGAAAGCUCAUUCCCUUUCACUUUUUAGA